AUGAGUUUUCCGACUCUGGUUACCCCCUCCACUGCACUAGUACUGGUACUGCCCGUCGCGUCGACGUCGCUGCAGCAGACGUUCAACAUGGUACAGUUGAUCCUCGUGCUCGUCAACGCAGGUGGUGGACGGUAA